CGGAGUAUAAAAUUUGCAUUUGAAUGGGGUCAUCUCCACUAGAGAGGAAAGGGCGCAUGAAGUUUGGGGGAAGAAAAAAAGAACCCACCUUUCAAACACUGUCUGUGACAUUUGCAGCUACUGCUCGCAGCAUUUCAACUCCAUUCUCUCUUCCUUUGAUGAUCUUGAUUAAGAGAUUCAGAGAAGACACUCGACAUAUAUAACAUUAAAGGCAUAGUCAUAACACUACGGAGUGGAAACAAAAACAAAAAUGGAGUCUUUCUCAGUUUCCAAACUCCCUUUCUUCUUCCUCUUCCUUAGCCUAUUCCUUGUAAUGACUGCACAGUUUAUCUUCUCCGACGUUACCUAUGACAAUAAGACACUUCUUAUUAAUGGACAAAGGAAAAUACUCAUUUCGGGUUCCAUACAUUAUCCAAGAAGUACCCCUGAGAUGUGGGAAGAUCUCAUAAGAAAGGGUAAAGAUGGAGGGCUGGAUGUUAUCGACACAUAUGUUUUUUGGAACGGGCAUGAACCUUCACGUGGCAAAUAUAAUUUUGAGGGAAGCUAUGAUCUUGUUCGUUUUGUUAAGACUGUGCAAAGAGUUGGUCUUUAUGUGAUUUUGCGGAUAGGGCCUUACGUUUGUGCAGAGUGGAAUUUUGGAGGAUUUCCUGUUUGGUUGAAAUUUGUUCCUGGAAUCAGCUUCAGAACGGAUAAUGGACCUUUCAAGCAGUCAGUUCAUGCAAUUUUGGACGCGAUUUUCACUAUGGGUCAUCCGGAAACAGUCUCUCCCUGCUUUAGUGCAGGGGUAAGACAGCGUACAUCCGACCCCCCUACCCCACCAUAGGUGGGAGCCUUUGCGGCACUGGGGUAAAUGAUGAUGAUGAAUGAAUAACUUUCCAGUGUUUAUAUUGUCUCAAAUUUGGUUCUUUCACCAAUUCUGUUGUGAUUAAAGGAACAAAUGCACAUUUUCACCAAGAAAAUUGUUGAAAUGAUGAAGAGUGAAAAACUGUUCCAAUCUCAAGGAGGUCCUAUAAUACUGUCUCAGAUUGAGAAUGAAUAUGGUUCAGAAAGUAAGGCUCUUGGAGCAGCAGGGAAGAAAUAUAUUCAUUGGGCUGCAAAAAUGGCAGUUGGGCUGAACACGGGAGUCCCAUGGGUCAUGUGUAAAGAAGAUGAUGCUCCCGACCCAAUUAUAAAUACAUGCAAUGGAUUCUAUUGUGAUGCCUUUUCUUCCAACAAACCAUACAAGCCGAAAAUGUGGACUGAAGCUUGGACUGGCUGGUUCACGGAAUUUAGAGGUCCAUUGGCUAAGCGUCCAGUUCAAGAUCUAGCUUUUGCAGUUGCUCGUUUCGUAGAGAAGGGUGGCUCAUUUGUUAAUUAUUAUAUGUACCAUGGAGGAACCAACUUUGGUCGCACUGCCGGAGGCCCUUUCAUCACAACCAGUUAUGAUUAUGAUGCUCCACUUGAUGAAUAUGGUCUGCUAAGGCAACCUAAAUAUGGGCAUUUAAGUGAGCUUCAUAGGGCAAUUAAACAAUGUCAGGAAGCUUUAGUAUCAUCAGUUCCUAAAGUUAUUAGCCUGGGAACGUCUCAACAGGCAAGUGUUUUCUCAUAUGGGAAAGGGAAAUGCGCAGCUUUUCUUGCAAACUUAGAUAGCAAAUAUGAAGCCACACUCACUUUUAGAGGGAAGAAGUAUACACUGCCCGCUUGGUCUGUUAGCAUACUGCCUGACUGCCGCAAUGUCAUCUUCAACACUGCAACUGUUGGAGCAAAAACUUCACGGGUGCAAAUGCUACCAAGUAACUCAAAGUUGCAUUCGUGGGUGACUUAUCACGAAGAUAUAACAGCUCAAGAGGACAGUUCAACAUACACAACUAAUCGACUUCUGGAUCAGAUUAGUGUGACCAAGGAUAACAGUGACUAUUUGUGGUAUAUAACAAGUGUUGAUAUUAGCACAUCGGAAUCAUUCUUAAAAAAAGGUUGGAAGCCCACAUUAGUUAUCGAGUCAAGAGGGGAUGGAGUGCUAGUAUUCGUAAACAAAAAGUUUGCAGGAUCUGUGUAUGGUAGCAUGGAGGGAAGGAGAUUCACAUUUACUGGACAAGUUGAUCUUCAAGCUGGGAAAAAUGAGAUUGCUUUACUCAGUUCAGCUAUGGGACUUCCAAAUGUUGGGACUUACUUUGAGACAUGGAACAAGGGAAUCCUGGGGCCAGUUAAUCUCCGGGGACUGAACCAGGGAAAUAAGGAUUUAUCAAACCAAAAAUGGAAAUACCAGGUUGGGCUAAAAGGAGAAUCAAUGUACUUGUUCUCUCCAAAAGGAGUCUCAUCUGUUCACUGGAUUGAAGGACCAUCAGUCACUCAAGGCCAUCAACAUCUGAGUUGGUUCAAGGCAAAUUUUGAUGCACCAAACGGAGUUGAGCCCUUGGCUCUUGACAUGAAAGGCAUGGGAAAGGGACAAAUAUGGAUAAAUGGCCAAAGUAUAGGUAGAUAUUGGUUAUGUCAUGCAAAAGGUGAAUGUGAUGAUCAUUGUUUCUAUAAUGGAACAUACCGUGCCCAAAAAUGCCAGCAUGGCUGUGGCAAGCUAACUCAAAGAUGGUAUCAUGUUCCAAGGUCAUGGUUGAAACCAACAGGAAACUUAUUGGUACUAUUUGAAGAAGUAGGAGGAAGACAAGAUGUAUCAAAAAUUUCAUUAGUGAAACGAUCUGCCAUCUGAGCCCGGUUAUUAAAUCCAUCCAAAUGAGGUGCCUAUAUCCAACACAUUAUCGGUUUUGCAGGAGUGGUUAGGGGAGAAGAAGAACUGCACAUUCUCGGCAUCAUCACACAUUGACAUAAUACACACUAUACAUGUAAUUAUUAUGUAUUUAUAUACAAAUCAUGUUACUCUAUCGUGUAUUGAAUACUUGGAACCAUAUUUGCCAUAGUCAUAUCAGUUCUGCUGAUAAUAUUCAUUUAAUAUCACUCACCUCUCUUGUUUUUUCUUAAUAUAGUUUUGUUUUUUCUUAUCAAACAAUAUAUGUAUUUAUGUGUUAUAACAAACAAUAUGUUUCAUUCUAUUAC